CGCGACGUCCACCCGAUACAGGCAGACGGCGUCCCGACGCUCGCGCUCAAGCUAUCAACGACGCUUUGCGACGGCAAAAGCACGUGGUUCAGUUUGUUUACUUGUGGAACGCUUAAUGUUUUUUGAAUUUUGCUGAAUUCUUGUUGUACUUACUCAAACAAGAUUUAAAUAAAUUACAAGGAAAGUCUUUUAAUAUGGACACAAUGUAUACUGCAAAACUUCAUGGUUUUCCGAAUUUAACAAGAUCAAACAUGGAUCAAGCAUUUACUGAAGAAAGUAUCCUGUCCCUCCUUAUAGUCCUAGGCAGCAGCAUAUCUUUAGUAGCGCUAGUUUUCGCUUUCAUCACAUACAGUCUAUUUUCUGAUCUGAGAAACCUAUCUGGGACAACUUUAAUGAAUCUGCUGGCUGCCCUUUUUAUGUCGCAGCUUCUCUAUGUCAUCGGCGUUGGAGGUGUACCUGACUCUGAAUUAUGCAUAUCCCUGGCGUUUUCACUGCAAUACGUUAGACUGUGUGCUUUCUGCUGGAUGCUAAUUAUGACCUACCACAUGUACAGCCAGUUCCGCACCGGACUCCAUCUCGUACCCAUUACGGAUCAUAAUAUCACCAAACAUUUCCUAAGAUACUCUUUGUUCGGGUGGGGAUUACCUUUUGUUUUGUUGGGCGCAAGCAUCCUAAUUCAGUAUCACGACAAAGCCGGCAAACUGCUGGAUACUGCUACAUUGAAAGGACAAAAUUGUUGGUUUUUAGACAGAAAUGCCUUUCUCUACGGUCUUAUAAUUCCAUGUUGUCUAAUAGUGGUUGCAACCCUAUUUUACCUGGCCAGAUCAGCCGUAUUGGCAAGGUACAUAAUCAGUAUGCAGGCAGAUCGUAGGAUACGUGAGAAAAUGUCAAGAAAAAGGACAUUGCAAAUACUAUUAUUUGCCAAGAUAAUGUUCGUCCUCAGUGCAGUCCUGUCUCUGGGCGCAGCCAGCAAACUUUACAAAAACGAGAUGAUAUGGAUCUCGUACCACGUCGCUCAAGGCAUCCAGGGCGUUCUAAUCGCUCUAUUGGUAACCUGCAACUGUCAGGUGCUGAAGCUGUACACUAAAAGCAUCAAAUCGCGGGCAGCCAGGCACGUGCCCAGCUACGUCGGCGGCAGAAAUGUGGCCACGUCCAGCGUCAGUAAGUCGACGAGUUUGCAGCUGUUGACGUGGGAACCAGCUCCAGAUUCUGUGUAAUAAAUUUAUAGGGUGUAAAAUGUUUGGAUGGAAUUUAAAGAGUUAGAAUUAAUUAAAAAAGCAUAAAGUAAUUAUUAUAUUUAAUUUUGCUUGACUUUUUUAAUGUUUUAAGGU